AUGGGCCGCACCGACCCUGGGUACGCCUGGGUAUGUCCCAGCAUCGACGUGUUCCACCUGCCGACUUUGAGAGACCAGUCUCUGGACUGGGACCCAGUUCAGCCGAGAGACUACAUAAAUGAUGUGGACGGCAGACUGUACAGAUUUAACGAAAUGUUAGCAACGCGAGAGGUCUAUCUCAAUCCAAAGCCUGCUGCUGCCGCUCUGCUUCAGCACGUGAGGAUCAUCAGAAUCAAUGGCAUCAAAAGGAUGCUGCAUUAUUAUUGCCCAGAGGAGAUCCGCUGCAUUGAAUCUCUUCCUGCGCUUGAGCUCAUCCAAGCCUCUUGCGGGGCUUACGGGGACGGGGACGCCAGGCGCUUUCCGCCACUACCGGAGAACUCAGAGGACCGCCACCGCCACGGGAAACUGAUUCCAAUCGAUGAAUCGAUGUAUCCACACGCGGCGAUGGCUGCAGAGCGAGACCCAAGCGGUUUGGACCACUUUUGGGGAAAGCUACUCAAGCGUGGUGUGAGAUUUGAGCUGACCGGGGAUUCGGAUUUGGAAGAAGAGGACAUAAUAGCUCGCAAUGAGCUCGCGCAAACGCCCGAGGGCCUGAUGAUUCGAUUCACCGACCAGGUAUGCCGUUGUUACCUGGAUCCGGUUGAGACGGAGAGGAAGCGGAUGAUGGAGGAGAUGGGCUUCGGGUCUCAGUGGUAUAUUUCGUUGCCCAGGGACAUGUCAAGCAACGACUACAUCCGCUGCCGUUGA